ACACUGACUUUACGGUAGUACAAAACAGUUUGUCAUAAGAAUCUCGGGGAAAGGGUUAAGUUAACUAUGGAGAUGGUCAUGGUCUUGGUGGUGGAUGUAUGAGAUCAAGAGAUGAAGAAGGUGGGCAAGUACGAGGUUGGCCGGACCAUUGGUGAAGGCACCUUCUCCAAGGUCAAGUUCGCUCGCAACAUGGAUACCGGUGAUACCGUCGCCAUGAAAGUCCUCGCCAGAACCACCAUCCUCAAGCACCGAAUGGUCAACCAGAUUAAGAGGGAGAUAUCAAUAAUGAAGAUUGUCAGGCAUCCCAAUAUAGUCAGGUUGCAUGAGGUUCUUGCUGGCGAGAUGAAGAUAUACAUCAUUCUAGAAUUUGUUACAGGAGGAGAGCUAUUUGACAAGAUUGCUCAACAAGGAAAAACUCCAUGAAAAAUGAAUCUAGGGAAGUACUUUCAGCAACUCAUUGAUGCUGUUGACUAUUGUCAUAGCAAGGGAGUCUACCAUAGGGACCUGAAGCCAGAAAAUCUUCUUCUUGAUUCACGAGGAAACUUGAAAGUUUCAGAUUUUGGUCUUAGUGCAUUGUCCCAACAGGGAGUUGAUCUUCUUCAUACAACAUGUGGAACUCCAAACUACCUGGCUCCAGAGGUACUAAGCCAUCAAGGGUAUGAUGGGUCAGCGGCGGAUAUUUGGUCAUGUGGAGUCAUCCUGUAUGUUUUAAUGGCUGGUUUCCUUCCCUUUGAUGAGAUUGAUCUUCCAACACUUUACAGGAAGAUAAACGCAGCAGAGUUUUCCUAUCCAUCAUGGUUCUCUGCGGAUGCCAAAUCGUUGAUCAGCAGAAUACUUGAUCCAAAUCCUAAAACUCGUAUUCGCAUUGAAGAAAUAAAGAGUCACCCCUGGUUCAGCCAAAAUUAUGUUGCUGUUAGGCAUCGGGAAGAAGAAGAAGUUAAUCUGGAUGAUGUUAAUGCUGUUUUCAAUGAUAUUAAGGAUCAGUAUGUGUCCGAUAAUGAAGAAGACAAUGAUGGAAGACCUCUCCUAAUGAAUGCCUUUGAGAUGAUUACUCUAUCGCAAGGGCUGAACCUUUCAGUUUUAUUUGACAGACGGCAGGAUUAUGUGAAACGUCAAACCCGUUUUGUCUCACGCAAACCGGCAAAGUCCAUCACAUCAACUAUUGAAAUGGUUGCAAAGUCCAUGGGUUUCAAGGUCCAUUCUAGAAAUUACAAGAUGAGACUUGAAGGAGUAUCUACAAAUAAGACCGGCCAGUUUGUUGUUGUGCUGGAGGUUUUUGAAGUGGCACCUUCACUCUUUAUGGUGGAUGUAAGGAAGGCUGCUGGGAAUACUCUGGAAUAUCACCAGUUCUAUAAGAACUUGCGCAGCAAACUAGAAGACAUCAUCUGGAAACCAGCAGAGGCCACUGAUAGUCCUACGCUUACAAGAACACCUACUUUCUGAUCGGAGAUUUGAAAUUUAUAGGCUAUUUUUUUGCCAUUGCUGGCACUGUAUUGGCUGAAAUAUUGUGUGCUUAUGUGUAGUUUGUUAUUACAAUGACAUGACUUGACUGAUGUUGUGAAAGCUAUGUUUAACUGAAAUUGUAUAUGUAGGAGAAAAUAACAAAUGGCUAAUGUAAAAAGAAUACAAUACAUACGGAAGAUGUAUCAGGCCUUAUAUUUUGAUUUGUUAGCAUACAGUGAACCUCUCACGAA